UACUUAUUAAAACCAGGUUGAUUGCGAAAUAUGCUGACUUGUCGUCACUUACUCGUUUAUUGAAUGACAAAAGAUCCAGUUUAUAAAAUUAUUUACGAUGACAAAACAGCGAGAUAAUGGAGAAGAAAUUAAACCACUUUUGUUGUUGGACAAUGACAUUGAAGUACCAAAUCAUUAUUAUUUUUCUUCAUCUAGACCAGUUAUUAAAGGUGUUGUCAUUCAACUUGCUGCAUGGCCAUCUCAUAUUUUAUCAAUUUUUAUAAUUGCAUCAAUUAUUUUUAUAACUUUUAUAGUUGCUACGUUUAUUGGUAUAUUUUUUUUAUCCCAACAAAUGAAAGCUAGAAAUCGUGUUGAAAGAAGUGCUGAAAUUAAAGAAUUUCCAAAUAUAUAUUUCGUCAGUCAUGUUAAUCAAAGUUGGACACUUGAUGAUCUUUGUGCAAUUGAAUCAUCAGCACGUGAAUAUCCAGAUUCAAAAAUUUAUCUUAUAAAUCUUUCGACAAAAAGAUCAUUAAAUUUUUUGGACAAUGUCAAUUCAUCGAUCUCGAAAAAGAUAGAUCAUAAAAUCAUUGAUACACUGAGUGAAGUUUUAAAAAAUAAUAUAAAUUUAAAAAUAACUGAUAUUAUUGAUUGCAAAUUUUUUCAAGAAACAAUACUAGAAAAUGAGUGUAAAAAAUUAAAUGAAAAUAUGCUAGAAAUUGCUGUUAAAUCACAUUUAAUUUGGCAACAUUUUGGAGUUUCAUUGAGUCCAUCUGAUGCUGAUCAAUUGAACAAUUACAUAUGCAGACUUGAAAAAUUAUGUAGUAAAAAUAAAAUUGCAACGUUAAGUAUUGAUGGAUCUAUUCUGUCUUCAACUGUAUCAUGUCACGCAUUUUAUGAAUAUUUAUUAAAAAAAAUAUCAUCAAAAUAUAUGAGUAAAGAUUUUAUCAAAGACAUCAACAAAUCAUAUUGUCCUGGUCAAGAUAAAUGCUUCGGGGUUAAAAUUAUGAGCAAUAAAUCAACGAGUAUCACAAGCACAGUUUCAUGUCCCUCAGUAUUCCCCGAGGAUAAUGCCAAGUCCAGUGUUAAACUACAAAAUUAA